AUGACCAUCGUGGGCAUGGCCGGCGACGUCAAGAGCGCGUUCCGGCAUCUGCGCGUGGCUGCCGCGGACGCGCAUUGGCUCGGGGCACAAGUACCAGGGUCUAGUCAUUGGGGUUUAGACCUCUCGGGGCCGUUUGGUUGGUGUGGGAGCCCACCGUACUACGUCGUCUUUGGUCGGGCAAUCUCCCAUCUCGUCUCGCAGGAGUCACCUCACUCACUCAACCCGUGGCGGGACCAGGACACCGAGCCCUUCUGGACGCUGGAAUGGAUGGACGAUCACAUUCUCAUCGAGCUGGUCUCGCGAACGCCCGACGGCGUGGUGCCGAUCCGGGCCAGUGCGGCCGAGACAUCUCUACGCCUCGCCAUGCUGGCCAUCCUAGGACCAACAAGCAUCAAUGAGAAGAAGUUCAAGGCAUGGUCGAGCGACCUCCACGCGUUGGGGCUUAUUUGGCACCUCAACGACGCAGCCGUCUCGAUGCCUCCGGGGAAGGUCGAGAAAGCCAAACACCGGGUGGACGCCCUCGUGCAUAAAGGCACGGCUCGCAAGACGGACCUUCUCCAAGCUCUGGGCUCGCUCCGCCACGUCUGCUCGUGCGCACCGGCAGCCCGAGCCUUCUACCAACGGCUGCACAACGUCGCGGUGCGGGCAGACAAGUACAAGACCUUUCGACUCCCGCCGACCGCACUACGCGACCUUGAGCUUUUCCAGGCCAUUCUGGCGCAGGCUGACUUUGCUCGCGUACCCGCGGCCAUCUUCGAUCGCUCCUCCGAGCCCGACUUGCACCUCGACGCGUCAGCGCAGCCUCCCUUCUCGAUCAACGUCCGGGAGCAUUUGAGCCUAUGCCUCGCGGUCAGCAUAUGGGCGCCGCUCUGGGCGGUCGACAACCGAGCAACGGUCCACGUGCACGGAUGGAUCGACAACGCGUCGAGCGUCGCAUGGACGAACAAACUCGCAGCCGAGAGCGUCUUCGCCCAGGAGCUCAACCGCCGCCUGGCGCUCGCGCAAGCGGUGCACCGUUUACACGUCACGGCGGGCCACAUGGAAGGAGCACGCAACACGAUGGCAUACCACGGAUCACGCAGCCUCGAGGAACCGCAUCGGUCCGCGUGGCGCCGCCUCGCCACGGUCAUCCGCGACUUCCAAGACGCUGCACUGGCCACGAGCACGCGAGGAAGGUACGCAGCUGCUUGGGAACAGUGGCGCGCGUGGCGGGAACGCCAAGGCUACCAUCCAUGGCUCUCACCCGACCAACGCGAGCAGUCCAAUGGCCUCAUCAACUACGUCCUCUACCUCCGCGACCAAGGAAACUCGGCGGGCACCAUCCGAUCCAAACUUUGCGGCGUCGCUUGGCAUCAUCAAGUGCACCGAGGGUACAACGUGGCGCUGGAACCCGACCAUCAGCUCGUCCUCCGAGGCAUUGAACGAACCGAUGGACCCGCCCAACGCAAGGAGCCCGUCAGCAUCGGCAUGCUCUGGCAAAUGCGUGCCGGACUCGACUUCAACGUCCCCCAGCAGCGCUCACUCUGGGGGGCUGCGCUGCUGGGUUUCUUCUUUCUCCUGCGCAAGUCCGAGUACUUGCACGAAGGAGCCAGACCCGCCAUGCACGGCAUCCGGGUCAAGGACGUCCGGUUCACCACCCGCUUCGAGACAGUAGCGCGGACGGUGGACGAAGCUCACGAGGUUCACGUCACGAUCCCGAGCUCGAAGACUGAUCAACGUGGCGACGGCACGACGCUCCGUCUAGCUCGCUCGGGUAGCACAUGGCUCUGCCCGAUUCCAGCGCUGUGGGAGCUGCGAAGGCUGGCUCGAGGAGCUGGAGCGGUCGAAGACGACCCCCUCUGCAUCUCCUUUGACCAACACGGUGUCGCCGUGCCGAUCACGGAGCUCCAAGUCCGUCAGCUUCUCCGCAGUGCAGCCGCGAAGCUCGGCAAGGAACCGGCAACCUUCACGACGCACUCACUGCGAAGUGGAGGUGCCACAGCGCAGUUCAAGGGCGGCGCCACGGAUCUGACGAUCCAGAAGUUCGGUCGAUGGCGCAGCGACGCGUUCAAGAUCUACGCGCGCAUCGACGAUGUGGCGAUCGCUCAGUUGGCCAGCCGCAUGGCCUUGGGGGAACCGCCACGCCUCACCCGAGGUGCAGCGGUAAUGCAGGCCUCGCGCCCUUUUUCCCCCUGA